AUCCCUGAUUAUAUAAUUGCAUCAAUUCUUGUAUCCUAGACCGCCUAUAUAUAAAACGGAAAUCCCCCAAUACAAUUAUACAAUCCAACAAACCUUUUCCCUUUUUCAAAGAAAUAUAAAUUUCUAAUCUUCUUUUUUCAUUUUUCCUUUUUCCAUUUUAUACGCACACCACGAAUCUUUCGUAAAUUUUGCCAUUUCGUAUCAGAUUUUUUCAUUGAAUAUACGAAAUCCCAGUCUUUGCGUCUGUUGUUGGUGCUGUUUUCGUGUAUUAUUACUUUCUUUUCUGAUGUAUUCAACCAGAUUCAUUACCAUGAAGCCCUGUAUUAGAAUCCUUCUUCCCUCCAACCAUUUAUUUGUACCAACUAAUUUUUCCAAAUUUGAAUUGUUUAGCCAUAAGUUUCACACGAGUUCCUUCCAUGUUUUGGGAAUUAAAUCAAUUUUUAAUCAUGCCCAGAAGGCGAUUUAUGCCCCAUCUUUAACUUGGGGCCAAGCUAGGACUUUAUCAGGCCCUAAUUUCAAUAGCAAAGGUUAUUAUGUUGUUGCCAGUGCUGCAUCAAAUAUUAGGAAUUUUUCGAAAUCGGUCGAAACCCGCGUGAACAACCAGAAUUUUGAGAAGAUUUAUGUCCAGGGUGGCCUGAAUGUAAAGCCGCUGGUGCCGGAAAAUACUGAUUUGGAUGAAACCCUAGCAAAAAGUGAUGGAGACAGGGCACAAGUUAUUGAAGGUCUUUAUGGUGUAAAUGAGGAGAACUCGAAUGUGGCCGAGGCCGUGAAGGCUGAAAAAAAGGAGUCUGAGGUUGAGAAGGAGGCAUGGAGAUUGUUGACGAAUGCGGUUGUGACUUAUUGCAAUAGCCCGGUUGGGACAGUGGCCGCUAAUGAUCCCAAUGACAAGAUGCCUUUGAAUUAUGAUCAGGUGUUUAUAAGGGAUUUCGUUCCUUCGGCCCUAGCUUUUUUGCUCAAGGGCGAGGGGGAGAUAGUUAGGAAUUUCCUCCUGCACACCAUGCAGCUACAGAGUUGGGAGAAAACAGUGGAUUGCUACAGUCCAGGGCAGGGAUUGAUGCCAGCAAGUUUUAAAGUUAGAUCUGUCGCUCUUGAUGAUAACAAGUUUGAAGAAGUUUUGGACCCAGAUUUCGGGGAGUCGGCUAUCGGCCGUGUGGCACCUGUUGACUCUGGAUUAUGGUGGAUCAUCUUAUUAAGAGCCUACGGGAAGAUCACUGGUGACUACACAUUACAGGAAAGGGUCGACAUUCAGACUGGAAUGAAACUUGUUAUGAACUUGUGUCUGUCCGAUGGCUUUGAUAUGUUUCCGACUUUGCUUGUCACUGAUGGAUCCUGUAUGAUAGAUCGACGAAUGGGUAUUCAUGGUCAUCCUCUAGAGAUUCAAGCCUUAUUUUACUCAGCUUUACGGUGCUCCCGUGAGAUGCUUACCUUAGAUGAUGGAUCCAAGAAUUUGGUGAGGGCCAUCAAUAAUAGACUCAGUGCAUUGUCAUUCCAUAUCAGAGAAUAUUAUUGGGUGGAUCUCAAAAAGAUCAAUGAAAUCUAUCGUUAUAAGACAGAGGAAUAUUCGACAAAUGCUACCAACAAGUUUAAUAUAUAUCCUGAUCAAAUUCCUCAUUGGUUAAUGGAUUGGAUUCCCGAGAAAGGUGGUUAUCUUAUUGGCAAUCUGCAGCCGGCUCACAUGGAUUUUAGAUACUUUACAGUAGGGAAUCUCUGGUCCAUAGUGUCAUCGCUAGGUACUCCAAAACAAAAUGAAGCUAUAUUGAAUUUGAUUGAAGCAAAAUGGGAUGAUCUUAUUGGUCAGAUGCCUCUUAGGAUAUGUUACCCUGCCUUGGAGUCUGAAGAGUGGCGAAUAAUCACUGGCAGUGACCCAAAGAAUACACCUUGGUCAUAUCAUAAUGGUGGAUCGUGGCCGACACUUCUGUGGCAGUUCACAUUGGCGUGCAUGAAGAUGGGUAGGAUGGAUUUGGCCAAGAAAGCAAUUGAAACAGCUGAAAAAAGACUUCCAGUGGAUCGUUGGCCUGAAUAUUAUGAUACAAGGAAUGGGAAGUUUAUAGGAAAGCAAUCCCGAUUAUAUCAGACAUGGUCGAUAGCUGGAUUUUUGACUUCUAAAAUGCUGCUAGAAAAUCCAGAGAUGGCUUCAGUUUUAUUCUGGGAAGAAGACUAUGAUCUUCUUGAAACUUGCGUCUGUGCUUUGAGCAACUCCAGCCGGAAAAAGUGUUCCCGCAUUGCUGCCAAGUCUCAGAUUCUGAUCUGAUGGACUACUAACCAUUGCUUUGAUGGGAAUGACCCCAUUUUUUGUGGGACAAAAGCUGGUUUGGGAUUCAACAUGUUACACGAGACAUUCAUCUUAUAGGUUAUACUUUUUCUUUUAUUUGUAGCCUGACCUUUCAAUAUAGGUGACUCUUUUGGCUGGCCCACAACUGUGGGCUUUUAGUAGUUUGUUGUAUAUACAAAGCAGCUAUAAAAUAUUUAGUGUUGUACAGAAGGCUAAAAUGCAAUCUUUCAUAGAAAAUUUUACUCAUAAUUAGCACUCUGUUGUGCAAUUUUACUUGCAAAAUGCUUAAUGAUUCUUUU